AUGGCCACCCGAGCCUGGAACCUGCGGUACUCUUUGCUGAAGUUGAAGCAUGCGGUGUCGGAAGCAGUUGCAUCCCCGCACCAGGGCUCGGUGGCGGACGUCCUGCAGACCACGGUAGAGGCAUAUCAGCGCCGGCUCACGCAAGUGAUCGCAUUGGCCGGGGUGUCCAUGGCGCCCACUCUCAAUCCUCUGGGGACCAAGGACCCCGGGGCAGUGGAGCAGCUUCUUGUUCGCCGGAUACCUCGACCCUCCACCAGCAACGUGUGGGUGGGCGACGUGGUGGCUCUGAAGACCCCCUCGUCCCUGCAGCCCAUCAGCCUCGCCAACACAGAGCAUGUCGAUUACAUGGUUAGGCGUGUCGCUGCCAUGCCAGGCGAAGAGCUGGUUACCGACGACCCGGAGGACGAACCUGUCGUCUUGCAGCAGGCUGAUGUGGCUGUACUGGAAGCAGAGCUGGACAUUGAUAAGCUGUGCAAGCAGGAGCAAUGA